GGUUAGCACGUGCCCGGAUAUCCUUAUAACACGUGGCUUUGUAAUUGUUUAUGUGUGUGCACGGAAAGUUCAAUUUUCCGGGAUAUUUACCAUCGAAAAUUGAACCAAUUGAUAGAAAAAGAGGAUUUCAAUGAAAUUGCCACUUGAUGUUUGGGCAGUGAUGAAAUUAGUGGGCUGAAAAUAAAUUGUUUCGUGAAUUGGUUAAUUAAACCGCGUGUUCUGGGUGCUCCAAUAAUUGGAAGCGGUAAAGCAGUGCUCCGCAAUGGUGAAAUUUCGGCCAGUGCUUUUCGAUUGGUAAACAAAUUGAACAAAAUUCUCAAUUCAGUUUAUUAAAAACUUGAUUAAUUUGUUGAUCAUUUUCGUAACUGGAUAAUGACGAAUUCAACGACUCUUGGACUACUUCGAGGCUACUAUUGAAUAUUGCUUGGAAACCCGUAGCUUAUUCGGAGGAGGUGUAAUCGAGUGCUGGACCCAUCGAUGAGGUAGUUAGAGAUAGAAAAAAAUUCUGGAGUGUUUGAGGAUAAAUUAGCUGUGUUGAAUCGAGUAGCGAAGCAUGGUUUCCUGAUAUUCGAAUAAAGGGCGAGAAUAUUAAUCGAUAAAGGUAGAAAAAAAUCAAUCGUGUCUACGUGAUUCAGCAAUGUGGGAACAAUGUGCGGAGCGAGUGAAUUAAAUUAAAUUGGAGAUAAUUGGAAUUCCGAUGAAUACGAACGUCAGAACUUGAAUAUUGAUUGAUCGCGACGAUUCCGUGGUGUGUACUUUGACAUGUACGUCUAAUACGUAUUUCAGUGUGUGUGGAUAAAAAAAGGAGAAGAAAUCUCCGAUGAAAUUCGAUGAGUCAAAUUUGCGACAAGUGAUUGAGUGCGAAGGCCUCAGAGGAAUAAUCGAGUGAUUUUUUAUUAACCUGUACAAGUGUCACACGAAUCCAUACACAUCGCGGAUCAAAAAUUCAUUAUUCCCUUGGGGAAAAAGUGGGCCAAGUUCUGAAACAGUGGAUGAGAUUAUUAGGGGCCAAAGGGUAUUGGUGCAAACUAAAGAUGAAUGUUACCCGCGGGUCAGCCUGAUAACGACCACGCACAGAUACCCCUACUUUUCCAACAUGAGUGCAAUCUUCGUAAUACUCUUCCUGCUCUUCACCCCCCGUACGUCACGAGCCGAUAAUUUGGAGAUUUUGUCAGGCACCCUGAAGACUUACCAGAGAGCUGCAUGCGACGAGGAGACUUUGUCUCUCAAGUGUCCUCCCGGUACGACGAUUUCCGUCGCGGUUGCACGUUACGGAAAAGCCAGCGAGGCAGCGCCCGGAAGAUGCAGUACCGCAAAACCACCUCAAGCCUCCCAGAUCAACGAGACUUGUCUGCUAUCGAAAACUCUUCAGUAUUCGCUGUUACAGAUAGUAGUAUCCAUCUGUCAGCAUCAGAGAAACUGCAAAUUCAACACUAGUCCAGAAACCUUUCAGGCUGAUCCCUGUCCAGGAUUGCCAAAGUACAUAGAGGUCGCCUACAAAUGCCGUCCCUAUGAAUUUCGAAGCAAGGUUACUUGCGAAAACGAAGUGGCGAAUUUGUUCUGCAAUCCUGGAAAGAGGGUCGCGAUCUUCAGCGCCUUUUACGGAAGGACUAAAUACGAAUCGGUCCAGUGCACUCAGCCGGAUGGGGUCGAGGACGAGACAUGCGUGGCAUCUUACGCAACAGAGACGGUCAGGAGGAUGUGCCACGGAAAGAGGAAAUGCGCGGUGUACGCAAACAGCUCAACGUUCGGUGAACCCUGCAAACCGGACAGCAGGACAUAUCUGAAAAUAGUCUACACGUGCGUGCCACGUACCGUGUUAAGAGAACAGUACGCCGGCGAGAUUGAAGCAGACGAGAUAGACCUAGUUCCAGAGUUCGACGAGGGUUUCGACAGGACAGACUUCAGGACGGAGUUUAGCCCGAGCCCAAACUUAGAGGGACCGCAACCUCAGCCGAGGGACAACGCAACUGGAAACUCACCUACCGUGAGUUCCUCUCCACCUCGAGCAAUGACCAAUAACGAAAGGAAAGCACAAAAACGCUUGCGUUUAUCCAACAACGGUACGAAGGGAAUGAGGAUGAAUGGUGGAGCGAGAUUGAGCGAUGGUAAAAGCGACGAAGCAGGGCUGAUACAAGCGGAGCCCAACUGUACGACAGUCGUCUACGCUGUUCCCGAGGAGGAGCGAGUCGUUGUCGGCUAUCUGAAUGAAUGGAUCAAUGCGUAUUCGUUCAUAUCAAAAAACCAGGAGAAAUUCUAUCUCUACAUCAUAGUUUCGGUGGCCGUCGGAGUACUGCUGUUCCUCGGGCUCGUUAUUGGUCGCCUCCUCGUCAGUCGACAUCGUGCCAAACGACAGGCCAAGUUUCAUGCGAACAACGAGGCAUUGCCGAACGGAUUCACCGACGAAAUAUCCGAAAUUGACGCUGACAUUGAUCUCACUACUCCAGUCCCGGUUCCCAUGCAGGACACAUCCAGUAUCCCGGAAACUCAAUUAGCGGAACGACUCCACGCCGAUCGCUAUUACACCGAUCCCCGAAUGCCACUCUCGAUGGGAGCGAUGCAUCAGAUGUCGCCGCACAAAGGCGUGCGAGUUGACCUCGGAAAUCACAUGGUCGGAACGAACAGUCUGCACACGAUACUUCGCCCAGAAAAUUCGAGGACUCUCGUCAACAAGAGCUACUACUAUGGCUGACAGGAGGAAGGAGGGGUCGUGCCCCGCCAGGGGGCUCGACCCCCUGGCACACUGAGUCCGGUCCCGGAGAUAACAACCCGAAAGUAUUGCUUCUAAACACUUAUUCUCGUUAUCGAUGUGUCGUUUGACGAAUGCUCGUGAGCUGGAGGAGCUCAGGAUUCGGAAGUCUUCGGGGACGAAGGGCCCAAGGGUUGUAUACGGAUUUCCGUACAGUUGAGAAAUUGGUGAAAAGUGAAACUGUAAAUACACACGUCGAAGGUGCGAAAAAGUGGGGAAAUUACCUGGAGCGAGUUACGUUUGUUGACAGGCAAAUCAUUUUUUUCGGACUUGGAAUAAUUCAAAUAAUAAAAAUCAUCUCAAAACGGUUGUAGGUCGGUAGAAAGCAUCAUCGUUUCUGACUCAAUGUUGCAUUUACCAUUAUUUCAUACUUUUCGAGUUGUAACCUGCGAGUUGUUUCGAACCGUGCGAAUGAGACGAGACGAGCCCUCUUUUAUCGUGCCACGAAGACUCGCGAGAACGGUACAAGGAAAAGCGAGUGCGCCGGGAUGCGUCUGACGGUAAAUUGGAGCAUCGGAGCUGAGAGCGAGUUGCGUAACUCCUGGAAAAACGUCUCUAGAGAAUUUCCGAUGUUCUGCCGCGUUCGUGCAUGCGGUUGCCAAUAAAAUUCACGGACGCGCUGCAAACCUUCCUGAUAAUGAGAAUACGAGACGAUCACGUAAUCUCCGUAAUGGCGGAUCCGUGUCGCUGUCUUGAAAGUGAAGGAAACAGAAGAACGCGCUGCACCAUGGAUUGGACUGACGGUGAAGAUCCUUGUGAUCGGCCCUCGGCACUUCGAACACCUCCGUCACUGAAAAAUCCAUUGAAGAUGAAUUCAUGAUAAUCGAAGCGUUCCUGGCUCUUGGACAGACUAUUAAUCCAACCGGACGGAAAUAUUUCACGAGGGCAGUGACUUAAUAUUGUGCUCAUCCUCGGAGCUUGGAUUUUCAGGGUAGUGGUAUUAUGCCGUCGAGUUCGACGCCCAAUUCCACAAAAUCGUAUAUAUAUUCGAACCAGCGACGACGUAUUUUAGUUGAAAAGCGCAAUUCUACUGUCAAAGAGGAAAAAAAGGUGAUUCUUCGUUCUUCAAAGCGUUUUCACACGACUAUUUGUGCGGAGUAGUAAAAAAUUUAUUAUUUUUAGUCGAGUACCUCAAAAGACGGUCCUUAAACUGAUUGAACAAUCAAAUAUUGUGAAAAGGAACAAAUUAAUUGCCAAAUAAUUAAAUGCGACCAAUUUUUUCCUCGCCCACGUAAUAUUCUUUCGCUCUCUGUUGAACGCCUUUAAUUAAUUUAUUCUUCCGAUAAGUGCCAGUGACUCUGGUUCCCUGAGCCUCCCCACCGCCCGCGCCUCCCGCAAUUCGCCGCGCUCUCGCCUUUUCCUCGUGGCGAACAAUUAUUAUUAUAUUUUUCUCUUCAGAAGAAACAAGAGGAGGAAAAAGAAAAGAUAAGUCACUGCUGAAAAAGUAGACUGAACAUGUAAAUAUCGAAGCGAUUUAACGAAAGAGGAAAGUAGAAAGAUAAAAAGAAAUUAAACAAAGAACGGGGAGAAAAAAUAAAAUAAAAAUAAUAAAAACGCGAGUUUCCGAAGCUCUGUAUGUAUGUACGUAUAUUUAUGAAUAUAACACACAGAGUAAAAGAGAAUAUUUAUGAGUGCGUGAUGAUGUACCUGCGUUAAUUAAUGAUGUUGAUAAUUAUUUACUAGGACACGAGUCUCUCGGGCGCCGGGAACUUUCAACAUUAUUUCGGUGUCUGAGACGGACUGAGUGGUGAGAAAAAAAUUCAAAGGGGAAAUAAAACGUAAAAUUUAAGAGAUCAAAACAACAGACUCGCAAAAAUAAACAAUUAACGAUCCAGACGGAGAGAGAGAGAGACAGAGACAGAGAGAAAUGUUUUUUUUUUUUUCACGAAUUGACUUCCGUCAACCUUGUCGCCGAGAUUUAUCCUUUGCUCUGACUAAUCAAGACUGCCGCACCAUUCGCUACCGUCAGUUUGCAAUAUUGCCAACAAAGAUAUUCUUCAUACUUCGAAUGACGUUCAUUUUUCAUCUCACCUAGUUGCCAAUCUUAUUGUUACUUUUUUACAGCGUUUUUUUUUCUGCGCAUCGCUCCAUGCUAAUUUUCGAAAAACCAUUUCUUCCCAGAGCCAGCAGGCUGACAAAGUGAUGACGCGGACUUGCAUAUGAUUACGGUCUUCCGUAGCCCUUUGUUCUCCUCUCGUCACGUUGAUUUUUCUUAGUUUUUUAUCGAACGUCCCUUACGGCGGAGCUAUCGAGGCGAGAGUUCAAGCUCAUCGAUACGCACGAGCUCUAUUCGAUGCUGCAAGAACGAACGAGCGAAACCGAUUGACGAUGUACCAAAGAUUAUAUACGUGUAUAUAUAUUUUAAUUACACAUAUGAAUAUAUACGCGUAUAAAUACACAAAUACGUAUUGUAGAAAGCAUUGGGUAUAGUAAAGAUUUUUUAAAAUAAUUCAAACGCAAUAUGGUUGACGUUAUUUCACAUGCUAAUUUAAUGAAAUUACUAUUUCCAUGUUAGGCCAUUUUCGAAAUCCACUCACAAACCGCAAAGCGAAAAAUCGAUCGACCAGAGAAUACCAAUGAAUUGUUUUUCGGUCACAGCUAGAUGGAAAUUAAGAUUUUUCGAAUACUCCAAGGAGAUAUUAUAUUUUUUACGAGUGAAAAUAAAUGCGGUUCAAUUUUGAUAAUAGCAUCGACAAUUCUAUAUUCUUGUUAAGGAAUUUUCUUCGGAGUGCCUGUGAAUCGUCCGAGGGUGAAACAACACGAAUUUCGCGCGAGUUGAAGAACCAAUUUUUUCAAAUCGUCUCUUUCAACUGUUCAUCCACGAGCGAAUGGGUUUGAGACAUGGUCAGGCUUUCGUCAUAAAUAUUGAUAAUUCGUCUCAAAUCAAUUGAAAGGCGGUUUUCAUGUUCAUGCUUCUGGAUCCCCCCUCGUUACUUCUAUUUACGAUUCAUUCAUGUGAUUUAGCUCAAAGGUAUCGUGUUUCACCCUCGGAUAUUCAACGAAAAAUAUGCGAGGAUUUGUAUGAGCAGUAAAUUGUGUAAUGACACUGCUAUUAUUAUGAAUUACUAUUAAAUUUCCUACUAUUAUUAUUAUUAUUAUCGUCCAUAUUACUAUUAUCAUUACGAUCAUAAUCAUUUUAUUUAUCAUUGUUUCACGACUACCAUUGUUAUUGAGAUCAUUUCAAUAGUAUAAAGUGUCUACAAUACAUAAAUAAAUAAAGGAGUGUGGAGAAGGGCGAAAAUGGAAGUUAAAAUGAAAAUAUCAUGUGCACACAUAACUGUCAUUAUGAUCAUGACGUAAUGAGACCAUCACCGAAUGGCGACUUACGCUGAACAUCAAUUCGAAAUAAAUAAAUGAAAAAAGCGUGAUCUUAUUGAUAAUACAUAAUAUAAACACUGCGUAUAAACUGAAGACUCUUGUAAAUAUGUAUGAAUCGAUUUAAGGUGAUGUAAUGAUAAUCAUAAUUGUAAUUAACAAAUUGAAUAACACUCGUUUUCACGAGAUUUUCUCGUUUGCGAGCUAAACAAUUCACCCUCAUCUCCAUUGUUCUCAUUAGCACAGAAAGACGUGACACAUUUGAACGAGAUAUUCCAUGGGGGUUAGCAACGUGAGCGUUUUUAUUGUUUCACAGGAAACAUUGUAUUUCGCAUAAACUUGAAAUGUUGAAAGCGAUCGGAUCUCACUCUCACCUCGUUCAACAUUCUCCCCGUUGUCCUCACCCGGAAAAUCCUUGUUUAUAUUCGCAUAGGACCAUUCACCUGACGAUGCGCAAGCGCGACGCACAACUCAUAAUUGUACUUAACGAAAAUUAAUUAGUCAAAUUCACCGAUUAUUUGUAAGUCACUGUUGUUACAUUAUCGAGAGAGAAAAAAAAUCAAUACACUGUGAAUUGAGAAAAGAAAAGUGAGGAAAAAGGAAAUAAAUAUGGACACUUUUCGUAAGAA